AGCCAGAAGAAUGGAGAACUCCUCCACAGCGUCGGCCUCCUCCGAGGCAGGAAGCAGCCGCUCCCAGGAGAUCGAGGAGCUGGAACGCUUCAUUGACAGCUACGUGCUGGAGUACCAGGUGCAGGGGCUGCUCACCGACAAGCCAGAGGGUGACGGCGAGAGCCAGAGGACACAGUCCCAUAUCUCCCAGUGGACUGCUGACUGCAGAGAUCGCCUGGAUGGCGGCUGUUCCUUCUCCAGAGGGCGAGCCCCGGCACAGCAGAAUGGCAGCAAAGACAAUACCCUGGACGUGCUGGGCACAGAUAUCUGGGCAGCCAACACCUUUGACUCCUUCAGUGGUGCCACCUGGGACCUGCAGCCUGAAAAGCUUGACUUCACCCAGAUCCAUCGGAAGGUCCGCCACACACCCAAGCAGUCCUUGCCACACAUCGACAGAGAGGGGUGUGGAAAGGGGAAGCUGGAAGAUGGAGAUGGCAUCAACCUGAAUGACAUUGAGAAGGUCCUCCCGACCUGGCAGGGCUACCACCCGAUGCCCCAUGAAGUGGAGAUUGCACACACCAAGAAGCUGUUCCGGAGGAGGAGAAACGACCGAAGACGGCAGCAGAGACCUCCAGGAGGGAACAAGCCCCAACAGCACGGUGACCAUCAGCCAGGCAGUGCCAAACACAACAGGGACCACCAGAAGUCCUACCAGGGGGGCUCAGGGCCCCACCCCUCAGGGAGGCCCACACACCAUGGCUACAGCCAGAACCGACGCUGGCACCAUGGCAACAUGAAGCAUCCGCCAGGAGACAAGGGAGAAGCAGGCAGCCACCGUAACGCCAAAGAGAACAUGACGCUUGAGAACCCCAAACUUGAAGACAGCCCGGGGGAUACCGGACACAGUGGCCAUGAGCCCCCCUGCAGCCCUGACACUCUGACCCCAACAGCUUCCGAGAGGCCAACCCCUCAGCUGCCAGGGGGGCCAGAGGCUGAGACCAAGCAUAAAGACAGUGUUCUUCCCGAGCGCCUCGCGGAGCGGCCCAAAAUCACCCUGCUCCAAUCUUCCAAAGACAGGCUGAGGCGAAGGCUGAAGGAAAAGGUACCGGAGGAAGUGACAAUAGAGACGAGCAGCUCUCAGCCAAACAAGAUGGACAAGUUGAUGGAGAUCCUGAACAGCAUGAGGAACAACAGCAGUGAUGUGGACGCCAAGCUCAGCUCCUUCAUGGAGGAGGCCCAGAACUCCACCAACUCUGAGGAGAUGCUGGGGGAGAUCGUGCGGACCAUCUACCAGAAGGCGGUGUCAGACCGCAGCUUUGCCUUCACGGCCGCCAAGCUCUGUGACAAGAUGGCACUCUUCAUGGUCGAGGGGACCAAGUUCCGGAGCUUGCUCCUCAACAUGCUCCAGAAGGACUUCACUGUGCGCGAGGAGCUGCAGCAUCAGGAUGUGGAGCGCUGGCUGGGCUUCAUCACCUUCCUGUGUGAGGUGUUCGGCACCAUGCGGAGCAGCACCGGAGAGCCCUUCCGAGUGCUGGUAUGCCCCAUCUACACGUGCCUCAGGGAGCUCUUGCAGUCUCAGGAUGUGAAGGAAGACGCUGUCCUCUGCUGCUCCAUGGAGCUACAAAGCACGGGCCGGCUGCUAGAGGAACAGGUGCCUGAGAUGAUGACGGAGCUCCUAGCCAGCGCACGAGAUAAGAUGCUGUGCCCCUCAGAGUCCAUGCUAACCAGGUCCCUGCUCCUGGAGGUCAUCGAACUCCACGCCAACAGCUGGAACCCUCUGACGCCCCCCAUCAUGCAGUACUACAACAGGACCAUCCAGAAACUGACAGCCUGACAGACAAGGGGGCCUGGUGGGCAGCCCGUGGGCAAGCUGGGGCCCUGGCGCAUGGGGCCAGAUGGACAGGCGAAAGGACAGGGGUGGCCCUGGUGGGAAAGCGAAUUGAGCAGGGAGGCAGGCAGUGAGGAGGGUGGCCAGUCUGGAGCCAGCCGAGGAGGGGAUUGGCUCACUCAGAAGAGCUCUACCCACCCCCCACUCCCCACGCCCCACCCCCUGUGCAGCCCCCAAGCCUGAGCUUGUGGCAGCUCCCACCAAGAGAAGCAUGUUUCUUUGUCCUGGUGGUCACUCGCCCUUGCUCUCCCCUCCUUGCUCUCCUCAGCUCUGGUCCUCCCCGCCCCCUACCUUCCAACCCAUCACCCCACCUCCCCUUAGUAGAGCUUUAUGGGAGGAAUCUCUGCCUCUCCUCACUGUCUCCAGCCGCCUCUCAGCCUCCCACACCUCUGGCCACCACUUGGGUCAGCCAGGACUGCUGAAGGCUGAAAAAGUGGGUCGAGACGGCUCUCAUUGUUCCCACGUGCUGUCAGCCACAGUCGCCAACUGGCAGCAGGCAAUGCGGAGCAGAUGUCUGUGGAGGACAAAGGCGGGCACGGUCCCCACCAGCCACCAGCCCCGUAAUUGGCGGCCUUUGUCAGCCCCGGUGGAGCUGGGGAGCGGCUUUUUGCCCCCCUCUAACCUCCUAACCUCCACCCUCCUAACUUCGGAUUCCUCCUACCCUCGGCCUCCAGCCCCAGGGCCUGCUGCUCCCCAAGGCAGAGAAGGGAGCUGGGGCUCACAGCUCAGCUUGAACCCUUUUAUUUUGUUUUUCAAAAGUCGGUCGCUUUGAAGUCUCUUUUCUCAAUGAAAAUGCCCUCGAUGUGA